AUCCGCGUGUUAAGGAUUGGCCUAUGAUGUCCUCACCGUGGCCUACACUGAUGGCGUGCGUGUGCUACGCGGUGUGUGCGAGGAAAAUUGGGCCGGCACUCAUGGCGAACAGAAAACCCUUCGAGUUGAGAAAUGUACUCAUAGUUUAUAACCUGGCGCAAACAAUAUUCAGUGCUUGGAUAUUUUAUGAGUAUUUGGCGAGUGGUUGGUGGGGCCACUACGAUUUUAGAUGUCAACUCGUUGACUAUUCGCGAAGUCCAAAAGCUAUGAGGAUGGCGAACACGUGCUGGUGGUACUACUUCAGCAAGUUUACGGAAUUUUUCGACACACUGUUCUUUGUGCUGCGCAAAAAGAACGAGCACGUGUCAACACUCCACGUGAUCCAUCACGGUAUUAUGCCCAUGUCCGUCUGGUUUGGACUUAAAUUUGCACCAGGUGGUCACAGUACUUUCUUUGCGCUCCUGAACACAUUCGUCCACAUCGUUAUGUAUUUCUAUUACAUGAUAUCUGCUAUGGGACCCAAAUACCAAAAAUAUAUUUGGUGGAAGAAGUAUCUAACAGCAUUCCAGAUGGUUCAAUUCGUGCUAAUAUUCAGUCACCAACUGCAAGUACUGUUCCGGCCGUCCUGCCAAUAUCCCCGUGUGUUCGUGUACUGGAUCGCAAUGCACGGCUUCUUGUUCUUAUUCCUCUUCAGCGAUUUCUACAAAGCAAGAUAUAAUAAGGCCGAAAGGAAGUCUAAAACUAACGGCCUCUGCAUGACUGUAAUGGACGAUAGCAGUCCGUUAAACGGCAAGAACGGCUACAAACACGAAGAAGGCUCCGUCCCUAACUCGUACGCGUCGUCCUCGGCGGACGCCUUUGUACGCAGACGGCCGCUCUCA